CUGGGUCCGCCCCUGCCGGCGACGCAACAUCCUUGUAUUCUUCCAUCUGAACUGGGACACCACGUUCUCUUUUGCAUCCUACGCUCGCGGCCUCUUCACUGGCAGUUCAGUCAGAUGGGUCUCCCCUGCCAUCUUCUCCUAUGAUAUUUAUAAAUAUUGAUGGACCUUUUUGAAUUAUUGUUGUCAUUCGCAGUGACCAUACAAUCAAAUCCUACUCAAUUUUGUAUGUGAAGAGAAUCUGCUUAUGAAAGACGCGCCGGUGUCGUGCUGCUUUUGGAGUGAACUGGGAUACGGAAUUGCUUUUGCUGCUGAUUGGCGGUUUUUCCUCUGAUUUCCACAACGCCCUCACUGGUUUACCGACUGCUUCCGUUUUUUGGUCGAACCGUCCGGUCCGGUUUCAAAAACAUUGUUUAAUUUGGAAAUCUUACGGUCAUCUACAGAGUUGAGAAAUUUGCGGGCAUUUUAACGCUGAUUAAUUCAGUCAAGUCAAUUCAAGCUCAGGCGGUGGGUGUUUGCAAAUUUACACACGAACCCCUGAGUUUUCUAUAUAUAAUAGACUGCUCAUCUGCAUUUCAAUUCCAGUGGAUGUCGGUUUCGCAAAGACUCUUCUUCAUCUCUGCUCGUAAUUUUUGCUGUCGUUCUCCAGCUCUCUUUCCUGCUGGGAACUCCCUUUAUCUUCUCCAUUUUUCAAGUUCAUCGUUUUUUGUAUCAACCAUGCCUCGUAAACAGCGAAAAGGUGCUUCUAAAGAACACGUGUGGAUAGAGAAGCCUAAUUCCGAUAGGCCAUCUAUCUCGUCCUCAUUGACCGAAGGUAUCUCAAAUGAAAAUGCUGAAGUUAUCGCCAAUAAACUUAACAUGUUAAGGGUUGCGGAAAGCAGUGGCCAAUCUGCUGUUGCAGUACCGGCUCUACAGCUUGGGAGUAGUGGGUUGAUGAACCAUGCUCCUGUUCAGGGCCAGAAAGCAAUAUGGAAGCCCAAGGCAUAUGGAACUGCAAGUGGAGCCACUACAGUAAAAGUUGAUGAAGCUCCAGAUGGUCAAACUACAGUGCUGGAUAAUGGAACUCAGACAGCAUCAAGUGGGAAACAUGAUGCUGUUCUGAGCAAGUUGUUCAAGGGAAAUUUAUUGGAAAAUUUUACUGUGGAUAGCACCACAUAUUCACUUGCACAAAUUAGAGCCACAUUUUAUCCAAAAUUUGAAAACGAGAAGUCUGAUCAAGAGAUAAGAACACGAAUGAUAGAAAUGGUUUCCAGGGGCUUAGCUACAUUGGAGGUCUCACUUAAGCAUUCUGGAUCCCUUUUCAUGUAUGCUGGACAUGAGGGUGGAGCAUAUGCCAAGAACAGCUAUGGGAACAUUUAUACUGCUGUUGGCGUCUUUGUACUUGGACGUAUGUUUCGUGAGGCAUGGGGUUCACAAGCCAGCAAGAAGCAAUCUGAGUUCAACGAGUUCCUUGAGCAAAACCGCAUGUGCAUAUCAAUGGAGCUGGUUACUGCUGUAUUAGGAGACCACGGGCAACGUCCUCAAGACGAUUAUGUGGUUGUGACUGCCGUCACAGAAUUGGGUUCUGGAAAACCGAAGUUCUAUUCGACACCCAAUGUUAUCGCUUUCUGUAGGAAAUGGCGGCUGCCAACGAACCACGUGUGGCUAUUCUCUACAAGGAAGUCCGUGACAUCAUUUUUUGUGGCUUAUGAUGCCCUCUGUGAAGAAGGAACUGCUACUCCUGUGUGCAAAGCUCUCGAUGAAGUUGCAGAUAUAUCUGUACCAGGAUCAAAAGAUCAUAUAAGGGUGCAGGGUGAAAUCUUGGAGGGUCUAGUGGCUCGCAUAGUAAGCCAUGAGAGCUCAAAACAUAUUGAACAAAUUUUGAGAGACUUCCCUCCACCGCAAUUAGAGGGAGCUGACCAGGAUUUGGGACCUAGCCUGAGGGAGAUAUGCACAGCAAAUAGAACUGAUGAGAAACAGCAAAUAAAGGCACUUCUUGAGUGCGUUGGGACAUCUCUCUGCCCAAAUUAUAUGGAUUGGUUUGGGAAUGAAGCCUCUGAUUCUCAUUCAAGAAAUGCAGAUCGAUCUGUAGUAUCAAAAUUUUUGCAAGCGCGUCCAGCAGAUUAUUCCACCACCAAACUGCAGGAAAUGGUUCGUUUGAUGAGGGAAAAGCGAUUUCCUGCUGCUUUUAAGUGUUAUCACAACUUUCAGAAGAUACACUGUGUUUCAAGUGAUAAUCUUCAUUUCAAGAUGGUAAUUCAUGUACACAGUGACUCAGCCUUUCGCCGGUACCAGAAAGAGAUGAGGUUCAAGCCAGAAUUGUGGCCUCUAUAUCGAGGGUUUUUCGUCGAUCUAAACUUAUUCAAGGCUAGUAAGGAGAGAGCUGCAGAAUUUGCCAAGGAAACUGAUGCUGUAUUUAAAACUUUGAAUGAAAGCAAUGGUGCAUCUGGAAAAGAUGGUUUAGCUGAUGAAGAUGCAAACCUGAUGAUCAAGUUGAAAUUUCUUACAUAUAAGGUAUGUGUGCUUCAGAGGCUAACUUAUGAAAUGGUUUGGCUCCUACUCGACCUUUUGUUUUUCAACAAACUAACCAUAUGCAUGCUGCAAUGCAAACUCUUGCCCUUUAGGAUCCUCCCUUUUCUUAUGAAUUCUGUUAUUAUACAAUUAGAAUAUUACUGGAAAGCUACAAAUCAUAAGGGUAAGUCUUCAGAGAGUUGCAUUGAUUUCUUUAUAACCUCUCCAUAUCCAUUAUUUGGUCAUUCUAGGCAAAUGAAGAUAUGGAAUACAUCAACUGCAAAGCAAAGGGAGCUCAGCAAGAUGCUCGAUGAAUGGGCUGUAUUCAUACGAAGAAAAUAUGGACAUAAACAGCUGUCAUCAUCAAUAUACCUUAGCGAAGCCGAGCCUUUCCUUGAACAGUAUGCAAAGCGCAGUCCACAAAAUCAAGCUCUGAUAGGAUCUGCUGGAAGUUCAGUGAGAGCUGAAGAUUUCUUGGCUAUUGUCGAGGCCGGGAGAGAUGAAGAGGGUGAUCUCGAGCCAGAAACAGAAAUGAAACAUUCAAGUCCAAUCCCCUCUGUGAAGGAAGCUAUUAGGAAAGAUGAGGGUCUCAUUGUCUUCUUUCCGGGAAUACCUGGUUGUGCUAAGUCCGCACUUUGCAAAGAGAUAUUAAGCGCCCCUGGUGGACUUGGUGAUGAUCGUCCUGUCCGUUCCUUGAUGGGUGAUCUUAUCAAAGGAAAAUAUUGGGCGAAGGUUGCUGAAGAACGCCGAAGAAACCCCUUUUCAAUUCUGUUGGCAGACAAAAAUGCACCCAACGAAGAAGUUUGGAGACAGAUUGAGGACAUGUGUCGCAGCACCAAAGCAUUUGCAAUACCUGUAGUACCUGAUUCAGAAGGGACUGAAUCAAAUCCAUUCUCUCUUGAUGCACUUGCUGUUUUCAUAUUUCGAGUACUUCACCGUGUUAAUCAUCCGGGGAAUCUUGACAAGUCAUCUCCAAAUGCUGGUUAUGUGUUGCUAAUGUUCUACCAUCUUUAUGAUGGCAAGAGUCGCAAGGAGUUUGAGACUGAGCUUAUUGAAAGGUUUGGCUCACUUGUGAAGAUGCCUUUACUAAAAUCUGACAGGUCUCCAUUGCCUGAAAAUUUGAGAUCUACUUUGGAGGAGGGAAUAAACCUUUACAAUCUUCACACUAACAGACACGGAAGACUGGAUUCCACAAAAGGCUCAUAUGCGAAGGAGUGGGCUAAAUGGGAAAAGAAAUUGCGCGAGACCUUUCAAGAGAAUGCUGAAUAUCUUAAUUCUAUACAGGUCCCGUUUGAAUUUGCUGUUGAAAAGGUUCUGGAACAAAUUAAGUCAAUUGCAAAAGGGGAGUAUACGCCUCCUAGUACUGAGAGGCGGAAUUUUGGAACCAAAAUUUUUGCUGCCAUCACGCUGCCUGUUUUAGAAAUUCAUCGUCUCCUUGACAAUUUAAGUGGGAAGGAUCCUCGGGCCGAAGCUUUCCUUAAAAACCAGAAUUUGAAGAGCACUCUUGCAAAGGCUCAUCUGACACUUGCUCAUAAGAGAAGUCAUGGUGUAGCUGCUUUAGCGAGUUAUGCUUCGCAUCUUAACCAGCAAGUCCCAGUUGGGAUGACAGCGCUAUUAUUCUCUGAUAAAUUGGCUGCAUUGGAAGCUGAACCUGGCUCAGUUGAUGGGGAGAAAAUAAGUUCAAAGAACGAAUGGCCCCAUGUCACAUUAUGGACUGCUGAAGGAAUUCCAGCCAAAGAAGCGAAUACGUUGCCCCAUCUGCACACACAAGGAAUGGCUACUCGCAUCGAGAUCAACCCACCUAUCCUAAUAACAGGAAAACUAGAAUUUUAUUGAGCUCCUUGUUGCCUUCUGUUCUGGUAGUUUGGGUGUGACACAAUUUUGUUUUAUCGUGUAGAGUACUACGAGUUGAGAACAAUUUUGUAACAUACGAUUUAUUUGUUUAUUUUGAUCGGGUAAAUAAAUUGUACUUAUCAAAA